UGUCGCAAAUAAAUGUCGUUCUUAAAUUGGUUAAUUCUCUGGCUCAUCUGCUGUGUUGUCACUGCUGCAGCACAAUUUUGUGAGAUAGUAGAUUCAGGGAUCUACAGCAUAAAAUGUCACGAAUUAAGCAGUCUCGAGGAGAUAAACGAUGUCCCCACAACAAAUCUUCGCGGAUUAGAAAUCAGAAACACGCAAACAAAGCUAACCAUCGGAGCAGCGAACAGUUCACUAAACUUGCCGCAAUUGUCGUUCCUCGAUCUGCAUGUGCCACGCCUUGAACUUCUCAGUGAAGGCUUCUCCAAUCUCCCCCCAUCUGUGGCAUCUCAACAUCUCCGGCUGUGGGGUGGAACAACUGCUGGUCUCUCACUUUCCCACCGAUUGCUUAUUGGGGCAGAUCUACGCCAGCAACAAUAAGCUUAGCGUUCUCACAAAGGAUUUGUUGAGCAAAUUUCCAAAUUUGAUUUUUGGUUUUUUCGAAAAUAAUUCUCUAAGUCAUGUAGAGUUGCCAUACAUGGGAUCUCUAAGUAUCUUAGACCUUAGUCAUAACGACUUGACAACCUUUAACAUCACCUUUGGCAAUUGUCCAUACUUGAAAAAGCUGUACCUCAACAACAAUAAGCUCACUCAGUUUCAGAUUACACUACCUGAAGAAGAUGUUGCCUCCUCAGCAGAGAAAGUGCUUGGACUAGAAAUAUUGGAUCUCUCAAACAACAGCAUAAGUGAGCUUCUCGAAAACCAAUUCGAGUUGCUGGGUGAACUUGUGUGGCUGGAAUUAUCGGGAAAUAAAAUUGGCGUUUUGAAGAGUGCUCACUUCGCAGGACUGACAUCAUUGCGUUUUCUGCAUUUGCAGUCAAACGGUAAAUUGGAACUAAGUGAACACGCCUUUGAAACACUGAAGCAACUUGAGACGCUCGACUUGUCAUACAAUGGUCUCGAAAUUCUAAGUCCGCAUCUUUUCGGCUACAAACAGGUGGACAAGCAAGGUCUCUAUGAUUACUUGCCAAUGCCUUACAUGCGUAAGCUUAAUCUAAAUGGCAAUAAACUCCAGCAGCUGGACCCUAGAACCUUUGAAAAAUUGCCAUCAUUGGAUACACUCUUGCUCGCCAAUAAUGAAUUGCGUGUGCUGCCCGAGGGUCUGUUUGUUCCUAUACAAAAUCUGAGGGUGCUGGAUAUGCGUCACAAUCAAUUGACAGAGAUUAGCAGCGAUAUUCUGAAGAGUCUAAACAACGUCAAAGAUCUGCUUAUUAACUAUAAUCAGCUGACAUUUCUGCCCGACUUGAAUGGGACGCUGUCUCAUUUGCAGCAUAUAGGCAUUGACGGGAAUCCGUGGCAACGUGACUCUUUUGCCCAAUUUGAGCAAUGGCUGAUUGCAAGAAAGAUACAGUAUCUGAAAGAUGACGAUGAGAAACUACCUCUCUGAUGAUGCUGAUAAUGAUGACAUUAAUAAUGGAACUAAGCUAUUCACUCUGUAUUGUUCUCUUUCAAAGCUUUCUUUCAAGAAUUUAUUUGAUAACGAAAAUAUACACAC